CCUCGAGGACCGACAUCAACCGAAGACUGGAACCAUCAGAGACGGACAGAAUCAUUCCCCACAGGGCGAGAGAGCGCAACUUGCUGUUUCUCAAUUAGCACGUAGCCGGCAAGUCUGGUUUAAAACACCAGUCUGCUCCCUGGCGAAGUAUACCACCGUCUUCAGCGGUACAUACGACGGCAAUUCGUUCACACAGACACAACAACCAUCCAAAAUGGCUGGCCACAUGCCAAUGCGACACAUCAGUCGCAAAGAACUGUACACAGACAUCGAGUCCCGGGUCCGCUACCUGCACAGCUUUCUCGACUUUGGUAGUGACGACAUCGAAGCCCUCAUCUACGCCUCGAAAUACGUCAAGAUCCUCAUCCCCGCCGUCGUCAACAUCGUCUACAAGAAGCUCCUGCAGUACGACAUCACCGCGAGGGCGUUCACCACCCGCUCCACGAGCUUCGAGGGCCCCAUGGACGCCGUCCCGACCGAGGACAGCCCGCAGAUGCUGCACCGCAAGGCCUUCCUGCGCGCCUACCUCAACAAGCUGUGCUCGGACCCCAGCAGGCUCGAGUACUGGAAGUACUGCAACAAGGUCGGCAUGAUGCACGUCGGGCUCGGUCGCGAGCACCCGCUGCACAUCGAGUACAUCCACCUCGGCGCCACCAUGGCGCUGAUCCACGAGGUCAUGACCGAGGCCAUCCUGUCCCAUCCGCGGCUGAGCCUGCAGCGCAAGAUCGCCAUUGUAAAAGCACUGGGCAAGGUCAUCUGGAUUCAGAAUGACUUUAUGGCCAAGUGGCAUGUCCGUGAUGGCGACGAGUUUCAGCACCAGGCUGAAGAGGGAGACGGGUCCGUGGCGAACAAGGACCACCCAGCCGUCGAGCCCGAGGGCUAUAUGGAUGGCAAGAAGAUCCUUGAGGAUGUCGAGGAUGAGCAAGGAGGGGGUGGUGCGAGUUCGGCAGGGGCGAACACUGCAGCACACCACUCCUCCGGCCUGCCACGACCGACCAGUGGAGCGUGUCCGUUCAGUGGUAUCUCUCGAGAUAUGCAGAGUCUCAAGGUCACCGAAUCCCACGGAGAGCACAGUUUGGGAAAAGACAGCUCCGUGAAUACAGCUACGCCUCGAUCACCGCCUGCUGUGCUGCCUAGAUUAGCAUCACACGCGCCGGCGGCUGGAAGCCCGGUACAUACAGGCACUGUUGAAGAACAGGCGUGAUAGGAGCUGGCGAGAACGAGAUCUUCUUGUAUAAUAUAAGGCAGAUGCAAAGAAUUGGAGUGUUCUAUGUCUGAAAGACAGCCUCUUAAAUUCACACUUAGCGUAAAACGGUAUAGAGUACACAUACACAUACCGUGGCUCACUGUUUACACCACCAGGAGCCUACACAAUACGAUCGCCGGAAACGUGGAACUUGCAUCAUGGAGAUAAGCACAAUUCCACACAUUAAACAGCUCUAAUCGCCACUAGAUA